AUGUCCAAUCUCCGAGUUCUCUGCCGGGAUUAUCCCAAGCGUACAAUUGCGUUGGUCUCAUCAGACCAUGCUCUAGUGUUCCACUACACCUCAACCGAUACCGGUGCAAAGGACCGCCCCCGCUGUCUGGUCGAGUUCUUGGACUUGACCUUGGUGGACCUGGAAGGCUACAGACCCCUAGGUAUUGGGUAUGGCACCCUUGGACUUGUCACUAUAAACGAAGAUGUGUUUGUCUGCGUGGUCACCGGCUCCUCGCAAGCAGCCACAGUACGGCCCGGAGAAAUUGUGUCAAGAAUUGACAAUGUAGGCUUCUAUUGCCUGAACCGUGCUGAAUACGAGUAUGGCCUUGAUUAUGAGACUGGGGCUCAAUUCGCCGCAGAGGAACGUCCUGGCAUGGACGGCAAAGAUCUGGUUACUGACCAUCCCUUUUUGGCUCUGAAAAAGCUGCUAGGGGAUGGAAGUUUCUACUAUAGCCUUGAUUUCAACCUCACGGACCGGUUGCAGGACCGGGCCGAUAAAUCUGCGGCAUUUGAUAUCGAUACUCUAGAUGAAGACAUGCUUUGGAACUCGUACAUGAUCAAUCCACUUUUACUCUUCCGCAGUCACUUGCCACCGUCCGACAAGGCCAAACUUGAUGCAUCGCAAAUGCUGACCUGUGUCAUCCGUGGCUUUGCCAGUACGCUCAAGGUCCCAGCCACUAUCUCAAUCCUCCCUCAUGUGCGAACGAACCUUCCAUCAAUGUUGACAAUCAUAUCACGGCAAUCCUCUCGACGUGCUGGCACGAGAUUCAACUCGAGAGGCAUUGACGAUGAUGGCAACGUUGCUAACUUUGUGGAAACCGAAACGAUUUUGUGGGUUGCACCGGGGAUUGUUUUCUCAUAUGCUCAAGUACGGGGCUCCGUGCCCAUCUUUUGGGAACAGGCACCAGGUCUCAUUCCCGGCCAACAAAAGAUCGAGGUCACUAGGUCAAGUGAGGCAACACAGCACGCCUUCAAUCAGCACUUUGAAUCCCUCGAGUUGGAAUAUGGCGCUGUGCAUGUCGUCAACCUCUUGAGUGAGCUGAAGCCGGGAGAAGCGGAACUGUCAGCCAAGUUUCGAGACCAUAUCAGCAGAAGCUCAGUCAGACAGAAAGAAGGCGCCGGGACUUCUUCACGUCGAAGCCUUUUGCGAAUGACCGAAUAUGAUUUCCUUGCGGAAACUAGGGGUCCCUCCGGAUACGAAGCCAGUUCCCAGAUCAAACAUGAGCUUAUCAAUUCAUUGGAUGGGUUUUCCUACUUUUUGUCGGAAGAUUCUGCUCGCUCCAACAGCAGCCGAGAUGACACGGCGAACAGCUCUUCCGUUAUCUUACAACAAGAGGGUGUUUUUCGGACCAAUUGUUUAGAUUGCCUAGACAGAACGAACCUAGUGCAGACCAUUAUCAGUUCAAUGGCCUUUGAGUCAUUUCUGUCUCAGCAAGGCGGCAGGCUCAGCGGAGAUAUGCAAGUGCGACAUUCGACCAUCUGGGCCGACAACGGCGAUGCGCUGUCCAAAAUCUAUGCUGGGACGGGUGCCCUCAAGUCCUCCUUCACUCGACACGGCAAGAUGUCACUCGCAGGAGCACUUGCAGAUGCCCGAAAAAGCGCCACUCGACUAUACGUUAAUAACUUCACGGAUAAGGCCAGACAAAAAACAAUUGAUCUUCUCCUUGGAAGACUAGCAAACCAGUUGCCUGUAUAUCUCUAUGAUCCAACCAACGAUUUGGUUCUCGACGAACUGAACCGUCGAACCUCUGAAUAUUCCUCGCGGAAACAAGUCCGAUUCUGGGUUGGCACAUUCAACGUGAAUGGCCGCGACGAGGGCCCUGGCACUGACCUCACUCCGUGGCUUUUCCCAGAGGUAGAUGCCGCCAAUGAAGACCCGACAAUAUUUGUUGUUGGAUUCCAGGAGAUUGUCUCCCUUAGCCCCCAACAGAUUAUGUCGACUGACCCCAGUACUCGCAAGGUAUGGGAAAGGGCAGUCCACAAUUGCUUAAACACCCAUUCCAAGAUGAAAGGGACUGGCAAAUAUGUGCAUCUGCGGAGUGGGCAGCUAGUUGGCGCUGCGCUUUUAGUUUAUGCGAAAGAAGAUGCCCUGAAGGACAUUAAGAACGUCGAAGGCAGCGUGAAGAAGACCGGUCUCUCUGGAAUUGCUGGCAACAAGGGAGGCUGUGCUAUCCGCUUCGAAUUUUCCAAUACCAGUGUUUGCUUCGUUACCGCCCAUCUUGCUGCUGGUUUUGCAAAUUACGAUGAAAGAAACAGGGACUACGAUAUCAUUGACCGAGGUUUGCGCUUCCAAAAGAACCGGUCGAUUGAAGAUCACGACGCCGUGAUUUGGCUGGGAGACUUCAACUAUCGAAUUGGGCUAGGCAAUCCGAGUGUCAGAGACCUCAUCUCACAGCGAGACUAUCACAGACUGUAUGAGAAUGACCAAUUGAAUCUGCAAAUGGUGGCCGGUAGAGCAUUCCAAUUCUAUUCCGAAGGCCCCAUUGAGUUCCCGCCAACCUACAAGUACGACGUCGGAAGAGAUCAAUAUGACACAUCCGAGAAAGCGCGUAUACCCGCAUGGUGUGACCGAGUGUUGUGGAGAGGAACAAACCUGCGGCAAACGCACUAUCAGACAGCCGAUCUGAAAGUGUCUGACCAUCGUCCAGUUUGGGCAACUUUCGAUUGCGUUAUUGACAUUGUUGAUAAUGGACUCAAGGAGAAGCUCCGGCGAUCGAUUUACGGGGAGAAACAGCGCCAGCUCAAUGGUUCGCUGGCAGACUCGGUCUCUCUAUUGGAUUUGGAUGAUGACGAUAUGGUGCCACAGGUCUCUAUUGCACCAGGACUACCACCAGCGAGCUCUGAUCGGAACCGAUGGUGGUUGGAUCAUGGAGCGCCGGUAAAAGCAACAGUGCAACCCGGCCCAGGGUUCGUCAUAAACCCCCAGCGCAAGUCCAACCCCUUCGCCUCGGAUUUCGGCUCUGACUGGGCUCCGAGUCCAGAAUUGGGAGAGAAUCGGAAAUCUAGGCAAAGUGCUCAAUUUGAAAGGAAGCCCGUGCUUCCUCCGCGACGUGAAACUCUGAAUGAAUUUCCAGCUGGGUCGAUAUCGCCGGGGUCAGUCCAACCUAAGGUGGUUAAUGAGAAAUCCCCACCAGUUGUCCCUCGCAAGCCGCUCUCAUUGAGCUCGCAGACAACAUCCCGAACUUUCCCAAUCGAUAAUCAAACAGGACAUGCUUUGAGUAACGAGACUGCCACUGGAGGCUCCGUGGAUCUUCUCGGGGAUGCCGCCAGCGAGCAGAUUGAGUGGAAACCCCUAAUUCCUCAAUGA